ACGUAUAAAUAGAGGUUGGUACAUUAAACGGCGAAAAAAACAUUCGACGUAGAAUCCGGCUUCGGAGACUUGAGUCGCCGCCGUACAGUGAGAAUGGGGAGCAAUGAUUUGAACACCUGGGUUUCGGACAAGUUGAUGGUUCUGCUAGGCUUUUCACAAACUGCUGUCGUGCAGUAUCUAAUUGCAAUGGCAAAAAAAUCAAAAUCACCAGAUGAACUUGUCCGUGAGUUGGUGGAAUACGGGUUUUCUUUGUCUGGUGAUACCCGUGCUUUUGCAGAAGAAAUUUAUGCCAGAGCUCCCAGGAAAACCCCUGGUGUCAAUCUCUACCAGCAACAGGAAGCAGAGGCAGCCAUGCUGUUGAAGAAGCAGAAAACGUUUUCCCUUUUAGAGGCUGAUCAUGAUGAAGAUGAAGGCAAUGUGGAGAAACAAUCUGCUUUGGAAACCGGAAAGUCAGAUAAAAGCCGAAAGAGGUUCAGGAAGAAAAUUGAGCAAUUGGAAGACGACGAUGAUGAUGAGGCAAUUUUGAUUGUUAGAGAGGACGAAAGGAAUGUUAGGAGAAAGGUUUCCGAAGGCGAGGAUGAUGGCACUGAGUCUGAAGAGGAAAGAUUACGUGACCAAAGGGAGAGAGAAGAACUAGAGCAGCACCUAAGAGAACGAGAUACUGCACGGACACGAAAGCUAACAGAGCCAAAAAUGUCAAAGAAAGAGCAAGAAGAAUUUGUUCGAAGAGACAGUGCUGUAGAGAAGGGUGAUAUUGUAUCCUUAAGGAAAUUCUCACGGCAAGAAUAUGUGAAGAAAAGGGAACAGAAGAAACUGGAAGAGCUGAAGGAUGAUUUAGAAGAUGAACAAUACCUUUUUGGAGAUGAAAAGCUCACUGAAACAGAAAUUCGUGAAUUUAGAUACAAGAAAGAAAUCUAUGAGCUCAUAAAGAGAAGUGCACAAGAAGAAGAUAAUGUAGGAGAGUAUAGAAUGCCGGAUGCAUAUGAUCAACAGGGAAGUGUUGAUCAGGAGAAGAGAUUCGCUGUUUCUGUACAAAGGUACAGGGACAUGGGUUCCGCGGAGAAAAUGAACCCCUUUGCAGAGCAAGAAGCUUGGGAGGACCAUCAGAUUGAAAACGCAACAUUAAAAUUUGGUGCAAAGAAUAAGGAGGUCUCAGACAAUUACGAGUUUGUAUUUGAAGACCAAAUAGACUUCAUAAAGGCAUCUGUGUUGGCUGGUGAUAAUUAUGAAGAUGAAAUGCAUGUUAAACCAUCUCAAGAUUCUGCUAAGAAAUCGGCUUUUCAUAUGCUUCAGGAGGAUAGAAAAGCUCUGCCAAUUUAUUCAUAUCGUGAUCGACUUCUUAAUGCUGUGAAAGAUCAUCAGGUUCUUAUCAUUGUGGGGGAAACGGGUUCUGGCAAGACUACACAGAUACCCCAAUAUCUUCACGAAGCUGGUUACACAAAGCAUGGAAAGGUUGGUUGUACGCAGCCUCGAAGAGUUGCGGCUAUGAGUGUGGCUGCUCGUGUUGCUCAAGAGAUGGGUGGUAAACUUGGGCAUGAGGUCGGCUAUUCAAUUCGAUUUGAGGAUUGUACGUCUGAGAAAACAAUUCUGAAGUAUAUGACUGAUGGAAUGCUUUUGCGUGAGUUGCUUGGUGAGCCAGAUCUGGGCAGUUACAGUGUUAUCAUCGUGGAUGAAGCGCAUGAAAGAACUUUGCACACUGACAUACUAUUUGGAUUAGUUAAGGAUAUAGCACGGGCUCGGCCUGAUCUGAAGUUAUUGAUAUCCAGUGCAACCAUGGAUGCAGAGAAGUUUUCUGAUUUUUUUGACCAAGCCCCUAUCUUCAGUUUCCCAGGAAGAAGGUAUCCUGUUGACAUUUGCUUUACUACUGCACCUGAAGCUGAUUACAUGGACGCAGCAAUAGCUACUGUGCUUACGAUACAUGUGAAGGAGCCACUUGGGGAUGUUUUGGUCUUCCUCCCAGGUCAAGAGGAAAUUGAGGCCGUAGAAGAGAACUUGAAGCACAAGAUUAGAGGUUUGGGUACAAAGAUCCGCGAACUCAUUAUAUGCCCAAUUUACGCUAACCUUCCAAGUGAGCUCCAAGCAAAAAUAUUUGAACCAACUCCUGAAGGGGCACGAAAAGUGGUGCUAGCGACGAAUAUUGCUGAAACAUCAUUGACCAUCGAUGGUAUAAAGUAUGUCGUUGAUCCAGGCUUUAGCAAGAUGAAAUCCUAUAACCCUAGAACAGGGAUGGAAUCUUUGCUUGUAACGCCUAUCUCUAAGGCUUCAGCGACUCAACGAGCUGGUCGAGCUGGAAGAACCAGUCCAGGGAAGUGUUACCGCUUGUACACAGCGUAUAAUUACUACAAUGACUUGGAGGACAAUACCGUACCAGAAAUACAAAGGACUAAUCUUGCUAGUGUGGUGCUUUCUUUGAAGAGUCUUGGUAUUCAUAAUCUGCUGAACUUUGACUUUAUGGACCCUCCGCCCUCUGAAGCUCUUAUAAAGUCCUUAGAGCUUCUCUUUGCUCUGGGUGCUCUCAAUCAGCUCGGCGAAUUGACUAAAGCUGGUAGACGGAUGGCAGAGUUUCCCCUUGAUCCAAUGUUGUCGAAGAUGAUUGUUGUUUCUGACAAAUACAAAUGCUCCGAUGAGAUCAUAUCAAUUGCUGCUAUGUUGUCCAUCGGGCCUUCUAUCUUUUACCGUCCCAAGGACAAGCAGGUUCAUGCUGACAAUGCAAUGAUGAAUUUUCACGUUGGAAAUGUCGGUGAUCACAUUGCUUUGCUCAAGAUUUACAAUUCCUGGAAGGAAACGAACUACUCAACACAAUGGUGCUACGAGAACUAUAUUCAGGUUCGGAGUAUGAAAAGAGCCAGAGAUAUCCGUGAUCAGUUGGAGGGUCUUCUUGAGAGAGUUGAAAUAGAUGUUAGCUCAAACGCGAACGAGUUGGAUUCAAUAAGAAAAUCCAUAGUAGCUGGUUUCUUUCCACACACUGCCAAACUACAGAAGAAUGGAUCAUAUCGAACAGUGAAGCAUCCCCAAACCGUACACAUACAUCCAGCCUCUGGCUUAUCUCAGGUACUGCCGAGAUGGGUUGUAUAUCAUCAACUAGUCCUUACCUCUAAGGAAUACAUGCGACAGUUAACAGAGUUAAAACCUGAGUGGUUGAUUGAGAUAGCGCCACACUAUUAUCAGCUCAAGGACGUUGAAGAUGCUACAUCCAAGAAAAUGCCCAAAACCAGUGGCCGAGCUGUGCCUUUUCUUCCACAAGAUGAAACCGGUUUUGUUAAAGAAGAAGGUGAAGGGGAGUCGAAGCGAUCGGACGAAGAAGGUGGGAGUGGUGCUCUGCGAUUUCUGCGGCAGAAAGAGUCUAUGGAGAGCGAGCUCAAGAUAUUACGGCUUUUGAAUAGGAGAAUGAGUGGUAAGGAUUUAGAAGGUCUGAGUUUCGCUGAGUUUAAAAAACUGAAAACCCAUCUGGAGGAAUCCACGCUCGUUGUGGAAGAGGAGAUGUCAAAGCGGCAAGUCAUUGUGGAAGAGGAUAUGUCAAAGCGGCCUCACCUGCUCAAAAACAAGAGGGAGGGAGGGGAUGUUGAAGCUAUGAUGACAAGCUCUAGAGAGAAACAGGAUGAUGCACAGUCGCGACUGCAGGUAGCAUACGAGAGGCAAAGAGCUGAAUCCCCGCAGAGCGAGUUGGAGAGAUUAUGGCUGUGGAAGGAGAGAAUGAGUUGUAGAGGGCUGGGCGAUAUGACUUUCUCCGAGCUGUGUCUACUGCAAACUCAAAUGUGGCAGGGAUUGAUUCGAAUGAUGUCUUUUUCUCCCCUCUGAUUAAUCCAUUUUUAGUUUGACUUCAUUUUUUGUUAUUGUCUAGUUUCGGACUCAAGUCUCUGUCUCCUUAGUUUGAUUAUGUCGGAUUUUGUUAUAAUCUUUUCAUUUAUGGGUAGUUUAACUCUGAACCGUGUAAUGUCAAUACACACAAGUCAAAAUUAAUCUGGCUCAUCACAAAGUCAAUGCUCCGUUGACUUAUCUACUCCCUUCUUCUCUUCUUGCUUUCCAUGUCUUAACAAAUUAUGUAAAGUUUU